AUCAGUGCAGUCACAAAACCACAAAUACACUUCCCCAUCUUUAUAAUUCCUCUCUCGCUCUCCACCACCAAAACCCUCCAUAAACCCUAAAAAUCACAAUCAAUAAAAAACACUCACAUAAAUAUAUAAUAUCAAGAUGCCAUUAUCACCCAUUUUACUUAGACUCAACACAAACCCACUUGUAUCAAUGUCUCUUAUUCAAUCAAGAACCCAUUUUUCACUUAGAUUUCUUUUUAUCACCAAACCAUUUAAUCUUGCCCCCACCUUAUCAUUUGCACGACCUCUUGUUUCUUUCUCAAAAGUCUCUUCAACUCCGUUGAGACUCAAGCGUCGUGGGAAUCAUCUUUCUUCUAAUUAUUUGUAUAAGCAGAGCUUUGGGUAUGGCAGGUAUGCUUAUGAGGAGUAUGAUUCUGGACUUGAGUCUGAUCGUGAUUCUCAGUCUUCUAAGCAAUUGGGUGCUUCAACUCUUGAUAAUGUUGAAGAGUGGAAAUGGAAGUUAUCCAUGCUUAUACGCAAGAAAGAUGAACAAGAAGUGAUAUCAAGGGAGAAAAAGGAUAGACGAGAUUUUCAGCAAAUCUCAGCAUUAGCAGCCAGAAUGGGGUUAUGCAGCCAACAAUACUCUAAAGUCAUCGUCAUUAGUAAAGUUCCACUGCCAAAUUACAGAUCGGAUUUGGAUGAUAGACGACCACAGAGGGAGGUUAUCUUACCAUAUGGUCUAGAAGAAGAGUUGGUUGCUCAAUUGAAGAAGUACAUAGUCAAAAAGUCUACGAAUAAAGAGUUUGUUCUAGAUAAUGCUAUUUCAAGAUCAAGCACUGUGGGUAAUUUGGCUAGCAAUCAACAAAUUUAUGAGCAAGAAGAGCCAAUUAAAAGAACCAGUCCUGGUGCAGAGAGAAUUCUACAGCGGAGAAGCUUGGAAAUUCUUAACAAACAACAGAGUUGGCAGAACUCUCUAGAAGGCCAAAAGAUGCAAGAAUUUCGGAAGACUCUCCCAGCAUAUAAAGAGAGAGGUUCAUUGCUAAACCUUGUUGCACAAAACCAGGUAGUAGUUGUUUCUGGCGAAACUGGCUGUGGUAAAACCACACAACUGCCCCAAUAUAUUUUAGAGUCUGAGGUUGAAGCUAAUCGGGGUGCAGCUUGCAGUAUUAUUUGUACCCAACCUCGGCGAAUUUCCGCAAUGUCAGUUGCUGAAAGAGUUGCUGCUGAGAGAGGGGAGAAUCUGGGAGAGUCUGUUGGCUACAAAGUUCGGUUAGAGGGUAUGAAAGGGAGGGAUACUCGCCUUUUGUUUUGCACUACUGGCAUUUUAUUAAGGAGAUUGCUUGUUGACAGAAUGUUGAAAGGUGUAACUCAUGUUAUUGUUGAUGAAAUUCAUGAGCGCGGGAUGAAUGAAGAUUUCCUUCUCAUUGUCCUUAAGGAUCUUCUUCCCCGCCGGCCAGAACUAAGAUUGAUACUGAUGAGUGCAACACUAAAUGCAGAACUCUUCUCAUCAUACUUCGGUGGUGCUCCAAUGAUCCAUAUUCCUGGGUUUACUUACCCAGUUCGAAGUCAUUUUCUGGAGAACAUAUUGGAGAUGACUGGGUAUAGGCUAACAACUGAUAACCAAAUUGACAAUUAUGGCCAAGACAAGAUGUGGAAAAUGCAGAAACAAGCUCUUAGAAAGAGGAAAAGCCAAAUUGCCUCUGCUGUCGAGGAUACACUUGAAGCGUUUGAUCUAAGGGAGUAUAGUCUCCGCACUCGGGAUUCACUUUCCUGUUGGAAUCCUGAUUCAAUCGGCUUUAACCUCAUUGAGCAUGUACUUUGCCAUAUUUGUAGAAAAGAGAGGCCUGGUGCAGUUUUGGUCUUUAUGACUGGCUGGGAUGACAUAAACUCCUUGAAGGGUCAGCUCCAAGCUCAUCCACUCCUGGGUGAUCCAAGCAAAGUUUUGUUGCUCGGAUGUCAUGGUUCAAUGGACAGCACAGAGCAGAGAUUGAUAUUCAAUAAACCAGAGGAAGGAAUCAGGAAGAUAGUCUUAGCAACUAACAUGGCUGAGACAAGUAUUACCAUUAAUGACGUGGUUUUCGUGGUGGACUGUGGAAAGGCCAAGGAAACAUCGUAUGAUGCACUAAAUAACACACCUUGUUUGCUGCCUACCUGGAUUUCAAAGGCCUCUGCUCGUCAGAGAAGAGGAAGAGCUGGUCGUGUUCAAUCAGGAGAGUGUUUUCAUCUCUAUCCCAGAUGUGUACAUGAUUCUUUUGCUGAUUAUCAGCUACCUGAACUUCUGAGGACACCUUUACAAUCUCUUUGUUUGCAAAUUAAGAGUUUACAACUAGGAAGUAUUUCAGAGUUCUUGUCAAGGGCAUUGCAGGCUCCAGAACCGCUGUCGGUUCAAAAUGCGAUCGAGUAUUUGAAAACAAUUGGUGCUUUAGAUGAAUAUGAAAAUCUUACAGUACUAGGACAAAAGUUGUCAGUGCUUCCUGUGGAGCCUAAACUUGGCAAAAUGCUCAUCUUAGGGGCAAUUUUCAACUGCCUUAAUCCAAUAAUGACGGUUGUUGCUGGGCUGAGUGUCAGGGAUCCCUUCUUGAUGCCUUUUGACAGGAGGGAUCUUGCUGAGGCAUCAAAGGCCCAGUUCUCAUCUCGUGAUUUUAGUGAUCAUCUUGCUCUUAUCCGGGCAUAUGAAGGUUGGAAGAAUGCUGAGAAACGUCAAGCUGGUCACGAUUACUGUUGGAAGAACUUUCUUUCUCUACAAACUCUGAGAGCAAUAGAUUCUCUCCGGAAGCAGUUCUUUUACUUGCUCAAGGACACCGGUCUGGUUGAUGAUGUAGACAAAUGCAAUUCCUGGAGUCAUGAUGAGCAUCUCAUCCGAGCCAUAACUUGUGCAGGUCUAUACCCUGGGAUAUGCUCAGUUGUGAACAAAGACAAGUCAAUAUCAUUGAAAACAAUGGAGGAUGGUCCAGUACUUCUGCACUCAAAUUCUGUGAAUGCCCAGCAGCCUAAAAUUCCUUAUCCAUGGCUAGUUUUUAAUGAAAAGGUGAAAGUCAAUUCAGUUAUGCUACGGGAUUCAACUGCUGUAUGUGACUCAAUGGUUCUUCUGUUUGGUGGAAGCCUUUCCAGGGGGGGCCUAGAUGGACACUUGAAAAUGUUAGGAGGGUACUUGGAAUUUUUUAUGAAACCUGGUUUAGCUGAAACAUAUCUAAGAUUAAGGAAAGAGCUUGAGGAACUCAUUCAAAAUAAGCUACUCAAUCCUAAGUUGGAUAUUAAUGAUCAUAAUGAGCUCCUGUCAGCUGUAAGACUGGUGGUUUCAGAUGACCGAUGUGAUGGCAAAUUUGUCUAUGGACGCCAUUUGCCGUCUCCCUCCAAGAAGGAACUGAAAAAACAAUCGAAAGGAACAUUAACAGUGGGUGGUGGCGACAAUGCAAAAAAUAACCUCCAAACAGUACUUAGCAGGGCAGGGCACGAGCCACCUACUUACAAGACUAAGCAGUUAAAGAAUAACAAGUUUCGUUCCAUAGUGAUGUUCAAUGGAUUGGAUUUCGUUGGUCAGCCAUGCACCAGUAAAAAAUCUGCAGAAAAGGAUGCAGCCUCUGAGGCGCUUCAAUGGCUGAUUGGUGAGAACCAACCAUCUCAGAAAACCGUUGACCACAUGUCAACUAUAUUAAAGAAAAGCAAAAGAACACAAGAACUUCAUCCUGCUAGGUGGAGGUAGUCUUCUUAAGGUAGACUUGUCAUCUUUUGCCAAAGAAGAUGGCCAUUUUCAGAUUGAACUUUUGGCCGAUCAAGAAUAUGCAUUUUUGUUAUUGGAUUGUGGUCGGAGAGAAGUUUCAGUCAGGCACAGUUGUCUCUUCAACCCUUGGACUAAUGACAUAAUCCUAGGAAAGGAAUGAAGGCUGGAAUUGGGACAAAUAUAUACAAACAAUUGUUUCGAACCCAAUUAUUGAUUAUUGAACACCAACACUGUCUUUUGUUCUACUGGAGCAGAAGGUAUCUCUACCAAGUGGAACUUUAUAUCAUAUAUGAGAAGUAUUUGCAGAACGGAUUCGACAAGAUAGAAACAUGAAUUAGCUUGAAGCUGUGAUGGUAUGCAGGUAGCACUUAUUUGAAGCAGCCUGCUGCAAAUUGAAGUUGCACCCUUGUUAACUCAUUCUAGUUUCUGACAGAUAACAUAACGGCUAUAGGGUUCUCUUUAUUUUUGUGGCAAUUGUGACACCAUAUCAGAAGAUUCGGCAUGGACACUAGUCUUAAGGAUUAACAUAUAGUGUGAAAAUUGUACCAAUUGAUUCCAUGUACAAAAAUGAAAGUUGCUGAUCUGAAAUGUAAUAUAUGCUUAUUUGUUUUA